GUGUUGCGUGUGCCCCUGUGGUGCUGCUGCUGCUGCUGGUGGUGUAAGAGUUAAGAGAGAGAGGGAGGGAGAAGGAGGGGGGCGUAAGAGUCAACUUUUUUUUAAACAAUUGACACGUGCGACGCUGGGACAGCUUCUCCGCUGAACUCUUUGUUGGUUCGCGGCUGACAAUUUGCGUGACACACACGCGAACCCGUGUCGCUCAUCAUUAUAGGCGAUACGAGGCGCUAGGUUUGUGGCGUACGAACACGCACGGCGGGGUGGGUGGGUAGGUGGUGGUGGUGGGGAUGAGAAAGCCGAACGCUUUUGAGAGGAAAAGGAAAUUAGAGCAACAGGAGUGGAGAAAAUAAUAUAAAAUCAAAGCAGAACUUGACCGUCGGCAAAAAAAAGGCAGCGACUGCGAGAGCAGUGGACGUUAGCACGAACAACGCGAGAGAGAGAGAGAAGAGCAUUGUGAUAUACGCAAUGAACUAUUUCAUCAAGAAGGUGUCCUUCAUCGAUGCCGAGAACCCUGAGCAACCCAUCAGGUUGCUGAAGCAACCCGAGGUCCUGAUGAGCGACAGACGCGAGCCCGUGACGCCGCUGAAGAGCGCCAGCAGCUUCCCUCCCAUGAUUCGGCAGCAGAGGCAGCAGCAACAGGAGGAGGACGAUGAGGAGGAUGAGAUGUUCCCGGUGUCAUCAUCAUCAGCAGCAGGAGCCACUUACUCGCCGGUCGGGAAAGCUGCUCGGAUCCUGUCAACUCCCUCCGCUAUGGAAAGGGCCCGCGCGUACAGACGGGGCUCGUCGAGACCCGAGAUGCCAGCAGCGUCGCCACCGUCGGCCAACGGCCUGAACCGCUCUCCCGCUGCUCCUCCUCCUCCGUCGAGCGGCCACCCGUCGUCUCUCGAGCCCCUGGGCCGCAGUCGCAGGGGAGGCCCGGUGGGGGGCGCCGGGGGGGCGGCCGUCACAGCCGCGGCCGCACCGACCUCCUCGGCGGGGGCCAUGUCGUCGUCGCCGCAUGUGGACCCGGACGUGAAGCCCGGCGAGUUCGUGCUGCGCUCCCUCAUUGCCGAGUUCACGGUGCACGCCGAGCUCAAGUUGCACUCGGUGCUUGUCGAGUCGCUGGAAAAGCCUCUGUCCAAGUCAUUACAGAGAGGAGAAGACCCACAUUUUGAUCAGCUCAUAAGCUCGCUGAGCGCAGUGGCCGAGUACUGCCUGCCCUCCCUGCUGCGCACGCUCUUCGACUGGUACCGGCGGCAGAUCGCGUGCGAGGAUGGCGCACACAGCUAUCGGCCACGCUCCAGCACAAAAUCCAAAGGGGAAGAGCCUUCACGAGAGCGGGACCCCGUGAUGGAGAAACGCGAGCUGGCGAUCGACUUCAUCUUCUGCCUUGUGUUGAUUGAAGUCCUCAAGCAGAUUCCUGUCCACCCUGUUCCAGAUUCGUUGCUGCAAGAUGUGAUUAACUUAGCUUUUAAGCACUUUAAACCCAAAGAAGGGUACAAUGGACCGAACACUGCGAAUUUGCACAUUGUCGCAGACCUCUAUGCGGAGGUGAUUGGCGUUCUAGCACAAUCAAAGUUCCAGGCGGUGAGGAAGAAGUUCAUGACGGAGCUGAAGGAGCUGCGGCAGAAAGAGCAGAGUCCCCUGGUCGUUCAGAGCAUCAUCAGCCUGAUCGUUGGCCUAAAGUUCUUCAGGGUCAAGAUGUACCCGGUGGAAGAGUUUGAAGACUCCUUUCAAUUCAUGGGGGAGUGUGCCAAAUACUUCCUGGAAGUCAAGGAUAAGGACAUCAAGCACGCCCUGGCUGGCCUCUUUGUGGAAAUUCUAAUUCCCGUUGCAGCAACGGUUAAAAAUGAAGUGAACGUCCCGUGCCUGCGCACCUUUGUGGAACUACUCUACCAGACCACCUUUGAGUUGUCAUCUCGCAGAAAACACUCCCUGGCACUCUUCCCGUUGACCACGUGUCUACUCUGCGUCAGUCAGAAGCAGUUUUUUCUUAACAACUGGCACAUCUUUCUCAACAACUGUCUAUCCCACCUCAAGGGCAUCCGCGUCGACUGCCUCUACGGCUUGUGCCGUGGUUGA